AUGGGUCGUUUUUCAACUUGGGUUGCUCUGUUGAGCCUACUUUCACAAAUUCACGGUCAUCCAUGCGAUGUCAAAUACCCUCCUCAGACGAAACCAGUGGAGACCAGACAGUUCGGUAAGAACCGUGGCGCCGUUGCCUGUGAGAGUGAGAUAUGCAGUACCAUUGGCAUCAACAUUCUGAGGCAGGGCGGCAACGCAGCUGAUGCAACGGUCGCUACUGUUCUUUGCGUGGGAACAGUUGGCAUGUAUCACUCUGGCAUCGGAGGAGGCGGCUUCAUGCUCAUUCACAAGCCCGAUGGCAAGAAUGAAACCGUGCCUUACGAAUUUGUCGACUUUCGCGAAACGGCGCCUGCAGCAGCUACUGAGAAUAUGUUUAAGAACAAUGUGAACGCUAGCAUCUAUGGAGGACAGGCGAGUGGCGUACCAGGCGAGUUGAGAGGUCUGGAGCACCUGCACAAGAACUAUGGUCGUCUGCCAUGGUCGAAGCUCGUCCAACCAGCUAUUGACGUCGCCCGCUAUGGAUUCCCAGUCAACAACGAUACCCUCAAGUUCAUGAAGAUGACUUACAGCAAGGCCGAAAACGAAAGCUUUCUGUUCAGCGAUCCAGCGUGGGCAAUCGACUUCGCUCCUGCUGGAAGACUUCUCAAAUUUGGCGAGAAGCUGACACGAAAGAGAUAUGCUGAUACCCUGGAGAACAUUGCUUCCAAGGGAGCUGGCGCCUUCUACGAGGGUCCCAUUGCAGAUGCGACCAUCCGGACUUUGAAGCAGAAGCGCGGUAUCAUGACCACGGAUGACCUGAAAAAUUAUUCCGUGGCCAUUCGAGAGCCUUCCAAGAUCAACUACCGAGGCGGAAAGAUUACCAGCGGAUCAGCCCCCUCAAGUGGUGCCGUUGUCGCAGCUGCAAUGAAUAUCCUAGACGGCUAUGACUUCCUCGGUGAUCCCAGAAGAGUCAAUGACAGUGCUUAUCUUCUCGAUGAAGCAUUCAAGUUCGGCUACGGAAUGCGAAGUAAUCUCGGCGAUCCAACCUUUGUCAAAGGUCUAGGAGAAUAUCAGGUUCAGAUGUACUCCAACCAUACUGCGCAGGAGAUCCGCGCCAAACUAGACGGGCGUGCUCUUCAAGUCAAAGAUUACGACCCUAGAGGUCUUGAGAGCUUGGACACCCCCGGCACGUCACAUGUGGUGGCCAUGGAUGACUCUGGACUUGCUAUAUCCCUUACGACUACGAUUAACCUCAACUUUGGUUCCCAAGUCAUUGUUCCCGAGACUGGGGUCAUUAUGAACAACGAGAUGAACGAUUUCAGUAUCCCCGGACAAUCAAACGCAUUCGGAUUUAUCCCUAGCGAGGCCAAUUUCAUCAGACCUGGAAAACGCCCUCUUUCUAGUAUAAGCACCACCAUUGUCGAGGGGCCUGACGGAAAGGUCUCGCUGGUCACAGGCUCUGCGGGUGGUAGUCGCAUCAUCACUGCAACUGUCCAGGUGGUCCUAAAUGCGCUAGAGAAAAACAUGACUGUUCAUGAGGCCCUGGCUGCGCCUCGCCUGCAUGAUCAGCUUGAACCAAGGCAGGUCACCUUUGAAUAUGCUUACGACAACUCGACAGUUGCGUAUUUGAAAGAGAUCGGCAACAAUGUCACUUGGGUAGCACCUGGACAGAGCACUGCUCAGGCUUUGAGGAGGUUACUGGAUGGGACUUUCGAGGCUGCUGGUGAGCCCAGACAGGCGAACUCUGGAGGAUUUUCAACUUGA